CCUUCGGAUUAUCCGUCGAGUGUAGCGGCUGUGAGAAGCAGGGAAGCGGCGGCGGCGGCGCUGCACGCAGCAAGGACCCUGUUAGGCGCGGGGGUGGCUAACCCUUGCUCGUCCACCCCCGAGCCGCCCUUCUGGAAGAUGCCGCACAAAGAAGAGGACUUGAUGCACGGGGGUGGAGCGGGUAUUGGAGGGGGUUCUAUGGUCGGACAGAACUCAAUAUUUGGAUGCUCGGCUGCGGGACAUAGCGGGGUUAACCAGCUCGGCGGUGUUUAUGUCAAUGGUCGGCCAUUGCCAGAUUCCACCAGGCAGAAGAUCGUCGAAUUGGCGCACAGUGGGGCAAGACCUUGCGAUAUUUCACGAAUUUUGCAGGUUAGCAACGGAUGCGUCUCCAAGAUCCUCGGAAGGUAUUAUGAGACAGGAUCCAUAAAACCACGUGCGAUAGGGGGAAGUAAACCACGAGUAGCGACCACUCCUGUCGUCAAUAAGAUCGCCGAUUACAAGCGCGAGUGCCCAUCGAUUUUUGCUUGGGAAAUACGAGAUCGACUUUUGCAAGAAGGCGUCUGCAACAAUGACAAUAUACCAAGUGUGUCGUCAAUCAACAGGGUGCUUAGGAACUUAGCCUCUCAGAAGGAGCAACAGGCGGCAGCGGUGCAGGCGCAUCAAGGCGCCGAAAGUGUCUACGACAAAUUGAGAAUGUUCAACGGACAGGCUGCAGGUUGGCCACCGGCAUGGUACUCGGCUACGCCCUCUCAUCAUCCACUGGCCACUGGUAUCCCAACAGCGGCUACUCCCGGUUCCGGACAAUCUCUUUUACCCGGUAGUCAAUUGCACGGUCGCGACGAUUCUCUGCUCAAACGAAGCGACACCGGUUCUCUGUUGUCGCAUCAACAAGAGACAACUUCGGACGGAAAUUCGGAACACAAUUCGUCCGGCGAUGAGGACUCCCAAGUACGACUUAGGCUAAAGCGGAAACUCCAGCGCAAUCGGACAUCCUUUUCCAAUGAACAGAUAGACAGCCUCGAGAAAGAAUUCGAACGGACACAUUACCCGGACGUGUUUGCGCGGGAGCGUCUCGCCGAGAAGAUUGGAUUGCCCGAGGCACGUAUCCAGGUGUGGUUCAGUAAUCGCAGGGCAAAGUGGCGUCGAGAGGAAAAGUUGCGAAACCAGAGAAGAGCGGCCGUCGAUCAGGUAGUCGGGGGUGGAAGCGGGGGUGGUAGUAGCAGUGCCGCACCUCCCGCAGCGACACCGGCCACUCCACGUUUGCCCCUAAAUGCCGGAUUCAACGCCAUGUAUUCCUCUAUACCGCAGCCGAUUGCCACUAUGCCUGACACUUACAGUUCAAUGUCGGGUAGUCUGGGCGGGUCAAUGGGUGGAAGCUGCCUUCAGCAACGAGCCGAGGGAUACCCAGCGUACGUGUUCCACGAGCCACUUCACUCGCUCACGCAGUCUUACACCCACGCACACAGUACUGCGCAUUCGCAACCCCAUCGUGGUAUUCCGACCUCCCAUGGUGGUACCCCCACCACGCCAGGUGGCCAACCUGCGGGACCAGGUGGUGCGCCCUAUCAGCCGACGACCUCCACCGCGACCGGGGUUAUAUCAGCAGGCGUGUCGGUGCCAGUGCAGAUACCAUCACAGACUCCGGACCUAACUGGCAGCUAUUGGCCUCGGCUCCAGUGAUCCCAGCUAUUCGGGUUCCCACCCGCGAGCUUGCUCGUGGGGCAGGAGAGCCCGCCGCCACCGACGGUCACCCCAGGUGCUGUUUCGAGGCCGCUUUUAGCCAGUCUCGGCAUACCGUCACAACCACCGGUGGCAUCUCAGCAACAACAACAACAACAGCAACCGAGUACCACGCCGGCAACGACCCCCGUACAUACCUCCGAUACCAGCGAGUGAACGAGACGACGCAUAAUUGCGAUAUUUUUUCGAGAGAGAAUCAUCGAUGAAAAUUCAUUGAGACUUCAACGACAGCGAGAAUGACCUUUUUGCUAAGACUUAUGAUAUUUUCCCUGUUAAGCGAGGCCUCGAAACGUCGCUCACAACUCCGAUGACAUCCACGAUUCGGAUACCUCAUCAUCUACUACUUUUCCGGACCUCGCAUCUCUCAAAUUCUCGGAGGACUUUGCAUCGUUGAUCGGUGAGACGUUUCUUAAUCAUCAAUUCAUUUUUUUUCUUAUUUUUAUCUUUGAUUUUUAUUUUCUCUUUUAUUUUUCUUCUUUUUUUUUACAGAUAAUCCUUGUUGUUUAAACGUUUAUUUAAUUCUUCCUACGAUAAUGUACCCCCUAUAUCUAUAUAGGGUAUAAAGAAAGAUCUGCGUUUAUAUCAUUAGGUAAUUUGGAUUUUAUUUUAUCUUUUAACGUCGAUUCGAUAUUAUCAGAUCAACGAUGUGAUGUUACCUACAUUUAUAAGAACGAACUUUAUUCGAAAAUAUCGAUGUCUCUGUGACGAUCAUCCGUGUAUCGUCUAAAUCUCGUAGAUGUAUACGCAUGACCCGGGUCACACAGGGUAUUUCACCGUUCACAAUAUUCUAUAAAUUAAGAGACAUGAUCGUGUUGAAAACUAACUUUUUUCGGUGAUACACCGACAUUGCGUUGAUGAAAUAAUCAAUUCGAAUCAUUUCGAUCGAUUUUCCCAAAGCCUUAUGCGUUUUUUUUUUUUUUGUUAUAAAGUAAUCAUUUUGUGUAUACAAUAUUAAACGUUUUUGUUAUUUUAUUAGGUUAGAAUAAAUCAAAAAUUCUGUAAGGGUAAAUCGUGAGAAUGUCGAAAAAUUCAUUCGUUUAUUAUCGAUCCGUAAAAUUAUUUGGAAUUCAUCACAAUGACGGUGCGUUGACGUGCCGAAUUAAACCAAGAGAGUACCCAUAACGAUUAAACAAUUCAAAACGGUACAAGAAGGAAAAAUCAGGUUACAAACUUGAAAUGAAUCUCAUGCAUUUAUAGAUAAUUUUUUCUUUAUACGUCGACAUUUAAUCACAGGGUAAAUUUUCUUUUUCAACGAAACACUGAACCAGCAUAAACGGACACAUAUAUAUAUAUAUAUAUGUAUAUGUGUGUGUAUAUGGAUAUGUAUAUGCGUAUGGGUUUCCUGACCGAAAAUUUUUUUAUUCGAUUCAAAAAACACUCGAUGUUACCAAUCAUUCGUAGAAAUCAAAUCAAUAUAGCUCAAUCGUUUCGCUCGAGCUAUCUUAUUUAAUAAGACGAAUCCACGAAUCCGUAGCUUAAUAAAACUCGUGAAACGGUCUAAAGAAUCGACGUCGAAAUUCUAUAAAAGAAAAAAAUACUCGAAGCAUUAUAUUGAAGAAAAAAAAAAUGUUCCGAUAUUCUUAUCGGAUUUUGAUCGUCGAUUUUUUUUCUCGUUUUCGCCUUUCAUUUGCCAAUUAACAUCUUCUCCCUCACCUAAUUCCUAAUCUAAACAUUUCUUCUUGUAUAAAGCUGAUUGUAAAAUAGCAUUUGUUACUCUCUGUAGAUCGUAGACAUGUAAAUUAGCGAUAAUCAUCGGCAUAUUGUAUAUACGUUGUAGUUAAGAGAUAAACGAAUAAAGAAGAAAAAAAAAUAAAACUAAAUAUAUGAAACUUCGAUCGUCGCUAUGGAAUUUGGAUGUUUAAUAAGAACAACAAUGGCUUCAAAUUAUUAUGCGCGAUAAUUCACCGUUCUUCUCUUGUGAUCGUCGAUGCGUAUCCGAAUGGAAAAUUUCGAAAAUUUCGUAAAGGGAUCUUCUUCCUCGGAACGAUAUUGAUUUCUGCACCGACGAACAAAUUCGAGCGGGUCAUUUUGUUUUAAUUAACGUUACGAUCAAUGUGACGUUCAAUCGUAUGCGCGUUCUUUUAUAAGAAAGAGAAACUUCCUUUUUACCGAAAUUUCGAAAUCGAUUGUAUGAGAUCGUAUUUUCUAAUUCACCGCGCACAGUCCGGUUUUAAAUAUUCAACGGUAAAGUGAAAUUCUAUUGCGCGCGCGAGCAAAAAUAAAUAUGUAGUCCUAUCCGGCAACCACCUGUAACUUCCGUUUUAGAGAUUCGUGACGAUGGAUGCGACGUGGUUGAUUCGACCAAAUGUUUUUAAUGAUGCACAAAGCUGAACGAAACAACGCGUUUUUUUGCUAAUUGAGUGCCAUGUACUAAAUAAUUAGUCCAUCGAUCUCAAAAUCUGACGCGGAAGCUAUGUAAAACACCGACGAAUCACCGACUACGCGUUUAUUUCAAAUUUUAAACGCGAUUCGGACUGCCACUGUCUAUCUCUCUUUCUCUCUCUUCUAUCACUUUCUCCUUUUUUUUAUCUCCCCCUACGAAUGUACCAAAAGCUUCCUCGAUUGUCGAUGAUCCUAUAUUGAGAAACAAAGCCAUGAGUUCUCACCAAAAAACGUCUGAAAAUGGGCUACGACGAAUCGAACUUUGUAAUAAAUAUAGCAAACAAGCACUUACAAUUUGUCAUACGGUCAAUAAUUAAUCACAAAGAAUACCUAUAUGUUUGUGUUAAAAAGUUAACAUGUCAAUCAUAAUAACGUUUGUUCUAUCGAUCAUUGCCAAUGCGAUUAUUCUCCUAUCCACUUCCUUCUCCUAUCUAUUCCAUUGAGAGUCCCGUACAAAGAAGCGUAGAAGAAACGAAUCGAACAGGUAUUUUCUCGUAAUUGUCACGAAUUUUUUUUUUCUUUUUUUUCUCUUUCGAUCGUCAAUAAGCACUUUUUCACGCGACGUUACGAUACGUUAAUGUGGAAUAAAAACCGUGAAACUAUAUUGUAAAUUAUCUAGUAAAUUUAUAUUUUUGGAACAGAAACAAAAAAAAACAAAAUUAAAAUGAAAUUUAAAAAGGAAAAAAGCAGGGACAGAAACGAGCACAGAUCAUAGAUUCGCAAAUAGAAUUUAUCCUUCGUUGCUUUUUAUAAUACAUCAGACAAUUUUCAUUGUUCACUCAUCUUGUUCGAAGAUUUACAAGCAAAGGUCCCUUAUCAAUUUUAACCGAUCGUUUCGAAACAUCUACGUACGUUAUGAUUUCGCUCUGUAAGUUACCACUUCUGCGUCUUUAUCGUAUUCGAUAAGAACCUUGAAUCGUUUUCUUUUACUCGUUCUCUGCACAGAUUAUAAUAAAUAAAUUUGUUUAAUCGCUCUAAUACAGAAAAGAGUUAAAUUAUCUAAUAUUUCAUCAGGUAACUUGAUUAUUUCCAAUUUCUUUUUUUUAAAUAACCGAUUGAUUAACAUUAUUAUCUCUUUCCUUUCCGGUUAUCAGCAAGUAAUUUAAAAAAAAAAAAACAACAUGACGUAGAAGUGGUCACGUAACACUUCUCUUAUCUGUAACAACGAUACUAGUAAUGAAUACAGUGUAUAAGUAUAAACAAAUUUAUUAACGAGAAAUAAUAAAAAAAUGUAUAUAAAAUAUUACGUACGUAUAUGCAUAUAUAUUAAUACGACCGUAAUCCAAUGUAAGUGUUGUGAAUAAUGAGAUAAUAUUGUUGCUGUGAUUACCUUUAAGAUUGUAAGUAGUAGGAAAUUAGAACCAUAUUGUUAGCUGUCGCUGUCUCAAUUCCAAUAAAUGUUAUUUCAUUUUAA